CACGAUCAUGGACAUGUAGGGGCAUUAUACUAACUGAUACUGGUACAAGACAACAGCCGAAAUGUUUUAGAUGGUCCUGGAUCUUGUUUCACAUUAUUUACCAGUCGGUGUGUUGGUGGAGCAGCCGGCCUUCAGUUUUGACAAUGGCAGAUACAACAGGGCAAGGAGGUCGAGGACAAGCAGUUUUGAAAGAUUCGAUUGAUUCGAAGCCUUCUCUAAUAUACCGUAGACCAUGAGUCAACAGCGGCGAAGGGUAUCCCUGAUUAGCCAAGGACCGGAAGGCAGAGCCAGGGCCAACAUAACCGCCUCGCAAUGGGGUAUUUCCAAGCCACAAUUCAAAGAAUUUGUCAAUGAGGUUUUCUUCUACCAGAGGAAGGGCUUAUUUGAAAACGUCCCUCUACCGCAUUCAUCGGGUCGUGCCAGACAAUGCUCAUACUACAGGUACAGCUCUGAAAAAUUCAACGAUCCCAAGAUUGGACCCACCAUAUACCAUGUAACUCAGCAAUUCAUCAGACCACGCACCAAGGGAACCUUCUUGGGGCGCUUUCUCCGGAGAAGAUCCAUAGGACAUGAUGGGGAUGGUCUGGAUGCAACAGAAGCACCUCCCAAUUCAAGCUGGGCUCUCAUGAAGAACCCAUCAGGGCUUGAUUGUGAUCUCUUCGUCUGUCAUUCUUGGUCUGCAGGUAUCUUCGAAUUUGCCAACCAUCUACUCAAAGCAUGGCCGGAUGAUUGCCAUGCAGCCUACAUUUGCUUCCUGUCCAAUCCACAAAACCUAGAUGCAAAGUGUUGUUAUCUUGGCUGUGUUGCCAGCAAUCUGCAGAGUAAUGCCUUUUACAAGGUGCUCAGUAGCGAGAGUAUGAAGCAAAUGAUCGUGAUUACAUCACUAGAUGCUCCCAUCUACCAAAGGGCUUGGUGUUGUUUUGAGGUUUAUUUGGCCAUGAAACAAGGUCUUCUCAUCACCAUGGGAGGUGACUUAUCCACAUUGCGGCAGUUAGUUAGAGAAUACGUCAAUGCCAACAACAGAACAAUUCACCCUUCGCAGCCCAAGCUCAUGCCGGCAGACCAGGUGACAUACCAGAAGCACAAGGCGAUUGUUCAGACCAUGACCGACCUUGUGGCUCUGGUGGUUGUCUUGUAUGCUGCCAUUUCGGCUUGCCUACUCGUGCCAGUCAUCAUCUUGGAAGAUAAUUUGCCAAGAGCUGUUGUGGCACCAUUCAGGGCAAUAUCCGAUGCUUUCUGUGGUCUUGUCGUUUCCAUGUUGUUUCCGCUGAUCUAUGUGACCCAGCUCGUUUGGUCGGUGGUAUCAUGGCCCAGGAUAUUCUUGGAUGGUUCUCUGCGUUACAUCGAGCAGGAAGUACCGAUAGAAUCUGAUAAAGAGAAGCGUUUUCCGUGGGAUGUGCGAAGGGCCGAGGCCAGCGUUCAACUGGAUCGAAUGACAAUUCUCAGGGCGAUUGGAGACGACGCUGAACUGGUCAAUGAAAUGCUUGCAGACCUUGUCUUGAACAAGACGAUGGAUUACAGAAGCCCCUUCCUGGGACGAGAGAUAUCAUUUGUUGCUCACUGAGGGAUGUCGCGGUUUGCAAAGUAGCUUCUGCAUGUAAAACGCGACGGCAGCAACCAACACCGUGCUUGUACUGCUGAUCGGCAUCAAAAACCAGCUAGUUUGCAUCCUUACAAAA